CAUUAUAAAUUCUGAAAAAGCCUUAGCCAUCGUCUGUGAGACAAGUCCGGCAGAGAUGACUGCAUCCACAGAGAAACUGCGAGAGAGCUACAACCAGCAGGGCUUCCUCUCUGCACUUCCUGUGCUGAAUGAGACAGAGCUGAGGGAAGCAAGAGAUGCCUUUUCUAAGUUGGAGAUGGAAUUUGGUACCGAGUACACGCAGUACAGCCUUCACAAUGCUCACCUUCAGUAUCCAUGGGUGAUGAACCUGACCAAGCACCCUCACAUCCUGCAAGUGAUCACAGCCGUCUUGGGCCCAGAUGUGAUCCUACUGGAUUCCCGCUUCAUCUGCAAAUACCCAGCAUUGGUCAAACCAGCCAAGGAGGAAAAGAUUGCCCAAAGCAAUGGGCCUGCUGAAAAAGAUGAACUUCCAUACGUGGCCUGGCAUCAGGACAUGAGGUACUGGGGUAUCACUGGCGGCCCUGUUCUUUCUGUGUGGCUUGCUUUGGAUGACUCACUAAAAGAAAACGGUGCCCUGCGGGUUAUCCCAGGCAGCCACUGCUCAGGCAUGUUGCCCCAUCGCCAAGCCCUCCGCCCUGGGAACAUGCUGUCAGUGAACCAGGAGAUCCCAGAGGAGCUGGUGCAGGUGGAGGAAGCUGUGUUAUGCCCUCUGUUAGCUGGACAGAUGUCUAUUCACGAUGGACUCCUUGUGCAUGCAAGUGAUGCCAACACAUCACAAAAGAGACGCUGUGGGUUUGUGAUCCGUUACGUUCCCACCUGUGCUUACCCCACAGAGGAUCCUGAUCGUCCAAGGAAGUUUCAUGCAACAAAGUUGAUCAGCGGGACAGACGCAUUCAAUCAUUUCUCCAACAAAAGCACAUGAAUAUAAGUAUUCAUGUGACUACAGUCCAAUUUGCAAGACCAGGAGUUAAUAUAUGUUACAGAAAUAUAAUGUGUUGUUAAA